CUCUCCAAUUACUUUACAUGACCACUAACUAAUAAGUUCAUAAUUUGUAUAAUUAUACGAAUUAAACAACUAAAGCUAAUUUAACAAUAUAAAAUGUCUUAUUCUUAUUACGUUGUGAUUUACACCUUCACUACAACACUAAUAUUAUUUCUGCACUGACUGCAGCGCUUCGACAUGAGGACGGCGAAUGGUGAUAACAAGCUUUUGACAAUUUUUGCGGCAAUUUUAAAUUAAAUUGAAACCUUUGCUUAAAUUAAUUUUUUAAUUUAAUAAAUAUUCAAUAAAUUAACAUAAAAACGGCAUUGACACUUUUUGCAUCUAACAAAAAUCUAUUGACAUUUCUUCUCAUUCUAUUAAACAAAUAAAUAAAACCGAGAAAAGUCAAAAUUGACUUUUUAUCUAAUAAUUACAAAAAUGGAAUUAGAUUCCCUUCUGAAUACUUUAGAAACGUUAGGUCGAUUUGGAAACGUUAUAAGUACCGAAGAAAGCUUAAUUUUGCACAAUUCGUUACUAUUAUUACAAAACGAAAAUCAUUUUCGAAAAAUAUAUUUCUGGGGGAGGAUUUUUGGAACCGAUCGCGAUUAUUAUGUGGCUUAUGGUUACGUAAAAGACGCAUUAGAGGGUAAAAUUUUUUAUUACAGUAAAAACGGAGUGGAUUGGGGUCUUCUACCACUGCCUACAGAGAAUGGAAAAAAAUUGACUCCUCUUUGUACAACAAAAUUCCAAGGGGAUCCUGCGAUACUGAUCGACCUUUUACUAGAAAAAGAUGAAAUUGCAUUUGGGAAGCCCCUCAAGAAGCCAGAAGUGCGUAAACUUAAGGAAGAGGAUCGUCUUUCAGCUACCAUACACUUUAUAAACGAAGAAGCAACGUUAAUACCAAGAGGAGGAUUUUUUAAGAGGCCUGAUGGAGUAGUGGUUGAAAAUUUAAGUUUUGAGGGAUUAGACUAUUUAGACUCGAUCGAAUUGAGGCCUUUUCAACAUAAUAGAAGACCACAUUAUAAGUGGAACACCAAUUUACUGACGAGAGAAGACUAUAAUUAUGCCUUAGAUUUUUUGGAUACUUUAGACACUGAUGUACCUGAUGGAUGUUGGGUAACUCAAACAUGCAAUGGGGAAACUAUUGCUGUAUUGGAAUCUUUAUAUUGGCCUGGAUACUUCUUUUAUCACUAUAUCAAAACGCCUAGAUAUGGAUCUGUGUAUUUUGGGCAUGGAAAAAGAGAUUUGGACAUUCCGUUUAUGCUCCAUUCAAUGUGAGGGCCAUUCUGAGGAAAUUCU